AAUGGCAACUAAACCAGUCCUCUAUUCUUACUUUCGAAGCUCUGCUUCCUGGAGGGUUAGGAUCGCGUUGAGCCUUAAGAAGAUUGAUUAUGACUACAAACCUGUGCAUUUAGUAAAAGAUGGAGGCUUUCAAAACACAGAGGAGUAUCGUGAGAUAAAUCCAAUGCGUCAAGUGCCUUCAUUGGUUAUUGAUGGCCAUACGUUAACUCAAUCUAUUCCUAUCAUCGAAUACCUUGAUGAAACCGUUGCAGAUGGUCCUGAUUUACUGCCAAAAGAUCCCGUCUUGAGAGCCAAGGCUAGAGCACUUGCUGAAACAAUCAAUUCGGGUAUUCAACCUAUUCAAAAUUUAUCAGUUUUAAAUAAGAUUGGAGAAACUAAAGUUGAGUGGGCCAAGUACUGGAUAGAACGUGGAUUCGAUAAUCUGGAAAAAAUGUUGGAAAAAACAGCAGGAAAAUAUUCCGUAGGCGACGUUGUGACUAUUGCUGACUUGUGCUUGGUACCACAGAUUUAUAACGCCGAAAGAUUUAAAGUUCCGACAUCCAACUACCCAAAUAUCGCUAGAAUUGGUGAAAAUCUUGAAAAGCUUCCCGAGUUCCAAGCUGCACAUCCUUCUCAGCAACCAGACUGUCCUGAGGAAUUGCGUUAG